CGGUACUUGGUAGGUGCUGCUCUAACUUCUACUGUAUGGACUCUUGCUCAGUAGCAUGGGAGAAGAGGAAGGACUACACCAAACACAAUUACUGGACACAAUGUUUGUGCGAGGAUUAAAGAGAAAAUGUUUUGAUGGCGAAGAAGAUAUUGAAGGAACUCUGGCUGGUAUUAAGGCUAUUCCUUCAUAUAAUCUUCAGCGGCAGUCACUUUUAGAUAUGUCCUUGGUUAAACUUCAGCUGUGUCACAUGCUGGUUGAACCUAACCUUUGUCGUUCGGUACUUAUAGCCAACACAGUACGGCAGAUCCAAGAGGAAAUGACUCAAGAUGGGACUUGGCAGAUGAUAAAUACACAGAGUACAGGGCAGGCAUCCCUGGAUCGUCUUGUUUCAACAGAUAUCCUCUGUCGUUCAUCUAGGGAACAAGCUGAGGGAAAGCAUGUUCCAGGCUAUGGUACUUUCGGUAAAGACUUUGAGGGUGACCAGGCACAAGAUAGUUCAGAAACUAUGUCAACAGCCUCUUCAGUGCAAGCUCAGAGAAGCCUGCAGAGCGAUGUGUGGGAAAUGGAGAAUCCACAAGAAAAUAAAGGAAACUUUCAAAAAUCAUUAGAUCAAAUAUUUGAGACACUGGAGAAUAAAAGUCCUAAUUCUGUUGAAGAUCUCUUUUCAGAAGUUGACAAUUCCUACUAUGAUCUUGAUACUAUGUUAACAGGCAUGAUGAGCAACACAAAAAUGGGACACUGUGAUGGGCUUGAAACGUUUUCUUCUCCAACAACUACAACUUCUAACUCUAAUUGUAAAUCUGAUCUUAAUGAGCUUGAUCAUAUUGUGGAAAUCCUUGUUGAAUCAUGAGACUCCUUGUGUAGGAGAUAAAGAUCU